AGGAUAUAUGACCCUCCUUCUCUUCCCUCAUCAAACCUUAAGUGUGUUUGCCCUCCCUCUCUCUCCCUUUCUCCCUAUCUCUCCCUCUCUCGCUACUGUAUUAUUCAUCACAGUGUCACAUGGUGUGGGGUUUACAUCAUCUUUUCCCAAAAGAGAGAUGCAAUUGUUAACUGAAUCUCUCAUGUCUGGUUUGAUCUGAGGAGUCUUUUGUUGUUCUGGCACAUUGUGUUCUUUUGUCUGUUUUUAAAAUUUUAUUUUGUAUUAUUAUCAAAUAUGACAAUCCCAUCGACAUGGAACAUUACGUGUCUUUCUUAAUAGUCACAACAAUUACCAAUUGUGGUCGCAAAAACUGAGAACUGCCGCGUCCAUAAUAAAACUGCGGAAUUAAAAACAUGCGGAACUUAUGUACCGCAGCGUCGUGUCCCUCCUCGGACUGUUUAUAGAGGAGGACUUGUGCUUGUUUUGCGCCGGUGCCGAACAGUGGCUUCCCUCGAUAGUUUUACACAAGAAAAACAUGCAAGAUACACCGCUUUCUAACACUGUCAUGUUGUAUUUUGUCAGCGAUGUUUGAAAAAAUAUGGCCGACGAACUUGCUGCGUUCAGGGAGUGUUGGAAACAAGAAUUAACGAGCAAAAAAGAGGAGCAGCGACUUGUUUCUGCUGCUUCCCCCUCCAGGAGUACUCCUGGCCAGUCUGGUCAUAGAGACUCGAAAAAUAGAUAUUUUGAAGACUUAAAAAAUCCCAGCAAAGGGCAGAGUGAGGCCUGCAGUCCCUCAAAAUCAGCUGGUUGCACUGAGGAUGAGGGACGUGUUGGUGGAGGAAGAGGGGAGGCUGAAGCAGAGUCAGAGGAUCAACCUGAGUAUGUGUCCAUUGCACGUAGUUUGCUGGAUGGGAGGACUAGUCCGUUGCUGGACAGGAUUCAGGAAGAGAGGAGCAGGAGGAAGAGACAGUAUCAUAACAUGACAGAUGUCUGCAGGGCGUCCCUGCAACAGCAACAGCAGCCUCAGAGAAAGGCCAAGAAAGACAAGGAGCUGGUGGAGCAACUCAUUCAGGAUCUGAAUGAGGUGAAUGACAUUCCCUUCUUUGAUAUCGAGUUGCCAUAUGAGUUGGCCCUGAAGAUAUUCCAGUAUCUCAACUGUACCGAGCUAGGUCGAUGUGCCCAGGUGAGCAGGGCAUGGAGAGUCCUUGCAGAGGACAGCGUUCUGUGGUUCAAGAUGUGUGUGGGGGAAGGCUACCAUCAGGAUGCCAGCGUGGCUGACUCCCCCUGCUGGAUGAGCACGCUGAGAGACUGCAGGAACUCAGCCAAAACUGUGCGCUCCAACUGGAAGAAUCGAGUGGGAUCCAUCAGUCAGCUGCAGUUCGAGCUGGGGAAGGUGUUGUGUGAUGUCAGCUCCUGUGACAACUUUGUCUUGGCUGGGUACACGUCUGGUGAUGUCAGGCUGUGGGAUACGCUGCACUGGGACUCGGCAGCCUCCUACCUGAAGGCCAACGGUCUGUCAGCUAACACGAACCCCAGACCUCAUGUUACUCAUGUCCAAGUCAACAGCACAGUGGCUGCGGCUGCUUAUGAAGAUGGCUGUGUGGACCUGUGGAGCACAGAGACAGGCGGAGAGCCCAUCCACCACUACCAGAUUCCAGGGAGGAUCCAGGCCCUGGCCCUGAGCUCCGACAGUCCCGUCCUGGGCUCCGCUGCUGGGUCAGAUGUUCGACUCGACCGCGCCGAUGAUCGCGGCUACUGGAGGACGCUCUGCCAGGUUCAGCUACCCAAGACUGUAGAAAGCCUUGUUUUGGUGCCAGGCAGGAAGCAGCAGUGCCCGCUGGCGGCCCUGGCAGCAGGAGAGGCCGUGUACCUGUUGGACCCUCUGGAGGAGGAGCCAAGGACGCUUCACUCAGUCUACGAUCAUCCCGUCACCUGUCUGGAUGCUUCCGACUCCAAUGUUGCAUUCGGGGUGAAGCGCACUGGCUGGGCCAUGCACGAUGGAGGCAACAAGAUCCACGUCUACAGCGUAGAGACGGGAAAACCGACAGUUUGCGUCGGCAACUCACCGGGAGAUUUCACUUGCAUCAAUCUGAGAGACAGCCCCCCUCACCUGCUGGUGUGUGGCAACAAAGAUAGGAGGGUGAGGGUGUUUGACCUACGAAGCGGCUCCUCUGUGGCAUCUCUGUACGCCCACCACUUGGGCGUCACCUCGGUGCAGGCGGACGAUUGGAAGAUCGUGAGCGGCGGAGAGGAAGGAUUAGUGUGCGUGUGGGAGACGAGGAUGGGAGCUAAACUGUGGGAGAUGCACAACAGGCAUCCUGUAAGGCAUAUACGUUUCAACACCAGCACCCUGGUAACGGCCAACAUCCCUGAUGACAAGUCGCCGCGGGGGGCCUGCAUCACAGACGAUGACCUUACAGCUCACCGCAGACACAGGGGAGUCAUCUGCCAUUACGACUUCUCUGAGGACGCGUCCUCCCAAGAUCACAUCCUGCCCAUUUGCCGGUCUGAUUACACCGAGUCUUACGGCUACAACUACAACAUCGGCCUGACGGUGCCGUACGACCGGCUGUCCGGUUCCCAUCCAUCCCACUGAGGUGAAGUUUCCCAUGCUGCAAUUGGAUACAGCGUAUAGCUGAAUGGACAGUAGAAACUUUUCACCCUUGAUAAGUUUGAUUCUCCAAACGGUGUCCUUUUAUUUAAUCAUUUUAUUCUCUUAGUUUCAAAUCAACCUUUUUGUAAAUGUAAUAUAUGUAGGCAGUAUAUCAUCUGCAGCUGUUGUAUAGAUUUUUUAAUUUACAACGUUGAAUUCAGCUGCCCAGAUGUUACACAGACUGUAAAGAUUAAUGACUUUUUUAAAUUGAUGUUUGGCUUCCUGGAUUUGAAUCAGUGUCGCUGCGCAACACCACAGCAAUAAAACAUGUCAUAUUUCUACCUCA